AUGGCCGCACCACCUCCAACCUUUUCCGACGAGUAUCUCGCCGAAUCAAGGGGACCGGUACUCCUCGCCAUUGCCGUCGUCUUCCCUUCCUUGGCCCUUUUGGUGGUCUUACUCCGACUGUACACCAGAAUCAGUAUCGUGAACAACGCGUCCAAGGAAGAUUGGGCAAUUCUGGCUGCUAUGGUCUUCAGCAUCGCAACAGCCGUAUGCCAAGGAUUCCAGGUAAUCAAUGGCAUGGGACGUCAUAUGCAGAGUAUUACCUUGGAACAAGGCAUAGCGGCCUUGAAGGCGCUUUGGGCCAGCAUCAUAACAUAUAACCUGGGGCUUUCGCUUACGAAAACCUCCAUUAUCCUACAGUAUCUGCGGAUCGCCGUCGACAAGAACAUGCGCAAGGUAUGCUGGCUGCUGCUAGGUUUUGUCCUUGCGGCCUGUGCCGAAACUUUCCUCACCGGUUUCGUGACUUGCAUCCCUCUUGCAAAAUUCUGGGAUGACCGAAUAUCUGGUCGAUGCCUCCCCAAAGCCACCCUUUGGUAUGUCAAUGCGGGAAUCAACAUCAUCCAAGACAUCUCGCUCGUCGUGCUACCCGUCUUUAUGCUGAGAAAACUCGCAAUGCAACGUCGCGAGAAGGUCAUCUUGAUUCUGAUUCUUGGCUUGGGAGGCUUCGCAAGUCUUGCCUCUAUCUUCCGUCUCCACGCUCUCUAUAGCCUUGCCGUAACCCGCGAUAUGACAUGGGACAACCCGGCGACAGCAUAUUGGUCAACCAUAGAGCUCAACGUUGGAAUCAUCUGCGCCUCGCUCCCCACACUGCGCGCGCUCUUUGCCAAAUAUGUCCCGUCCCUUUUCAACUCAUCCGUCAUCAGACGUAGGAACGUAAUGGGUGCCUAUCAAUACCACUCGGAAGGCAAAGGUGGAAGGCGCCGAGCCAGCAUGUCUAUGGAAGACGCCAUCCUUGAUGGAGGAAUCCAUGUGAAGAACGAGGUGGAGAUUGAUAUCGAGAACCGGAAAUCCUCGACGUUUCCGAGGAAUAACUCCGAUGGCAAUAUCUCGAACUUGACUCACCCAUCUGUUACUUCGCCUCCACAGCCGCAACUACGAUAA